AUGUCAAAUGAUGUAAAUUCCCCCGACAUUGAGCGUAAUUACGGAAUACAAGAACAAGAUGUUUACAAUCCUAUUGAGAGUUCAUUCUUCACUGGUGAAUCAGAAAUUGAUGGAAAUAUUGAUGAGAGCAAUGUGGGAACUGAUGGAAACGAAAGUGGAGCGACAGAAGAUGAUUUCAACCAAGGGCCAGAAUUUAAUAACAAGAGGAUAAUCUUACAACGAUUUACUAUCUACAACUCAGUAACGACAAUGUAUAUCGUAGGGAGUAAUGCAAAAGAAAGCUUGUUCAGAAUAUUGGAAAUUGGAAAAGACCCACUGGGUAAAAAUUUGCAGAUAAUUGAAGAUAAGAACUAUUUUUACACCCGAAAGGAUAUGGUUGAGUUGUUGAAUGGCCUCGAUGAAACCAUUGAUGGGGGUAUUCAUAAGAUUGCUCAGGGGUAUGGUUUGUUGGGAUUAAUCAAGUUCACCAAGGGUUAUUAUCUCAGUAUUAUCACCAAGUGCAGUCAAGUUGCGAUUCUUGGUGGACACUAUAUUUACCAUACUGAUGAAACGAAAUUGAUCCCUCUUGAUAUAAAUUAUAGGAGACCAGAAAAGUAUAGUGAUGAAGAAAGAUUAUUGUCAAUUUUUAAAUACUUGGACUUGGGCAAGACUUUCUAUUUCAGCUAUGCAUAUGAUAUCACUAACACAUUGCAAACGAAUUUCAUACGAAACAAAAAACUAGCGACAAAACAAAAACAAAGUGCAGAUACUGAAUUCAAACUAGAUAGGAGUAACAUAUUUUGCGGGUUUGAACAUAACGAGCGUUUUGUAUGGAAUAACUUGCUUUUAAAACCGAUACUUGAUAAUCCCGAUAUCGCAACAUAUGAAUGGUUUCAGCCGAUCAUACAUGGUUUUAUCGAUCAGGCGAAUAUUUCUAUUUAUGGAAAGAAGUUUUAUAUUACAAUCAUUGCAAGGAGGUCACAUCAUUUUGCAGGAGCUCGAUUUUUGAAAAGAGGAGUCAAUGAUAAAGGGAACGUUGCAAAUGAAAUAGAAACGGAGCAAAUAGUGUCAGAUAUGCUAGUUUCUUCAUUUCACGAUACUAAGUAUGGAUUUUACAACAAUCCUCGAUUUACAAGUUUUGUUCAACAUAGAGGAUCUAUACCCUUGUAUUGGACUCAGGAUUUGAAUAGACUACCAAAACCCCCUAUCGAGAUUAAUUUAUCCGAUCCAUUUUAUCAAAGCUCAGCGCUUCAUUUCAAUAAUCUUUUUCAAAGAUAUGGGCUGCCUAUUAUAAUACUCAAUUUGAUCAAGACCAAAGAAAAGCAGCCUAGAGAGCUGAAGCUAAAUUCGCACUUUUCUAGCUGCAUCAAGUAUUUGAAUCAAUUCUUGCCACAAGAACAUAAAUUACGCUAUCAUAGCUUUGAUAUGUCAAAGCAUUCAAAGAAAAAUUUGGAUGUCAUUACACCUUUACAGAAUAUAGCUUCUAGGUCAAUCGAAGAAAUUGGGUUCUUUCACAAUGGUAACGAUUUACCGUCAACAAAGUUACAAAAGGGAAUACUACGAACUAAUUGCAUUGACUGUCUUGAUAGAACUAACGCGGCUCAGUUUAUUAUUUGCAAAGAAGCCCUCACACAUCAAUUAAAAAGUUUAGGCUUGAUUGCGGAAAAUAGAACGUUGGAGUAUGACUCAGACCUAAUUAACAUAUUGACUGAAAUGUUUCAUGACCAUGGUGAUACCAUUGCGGUUCAAUAUGGAGGUUCGAACUUAGUCAAUACAAUGGACUCUUAUCGCAGAAUAAAUCAGUGGUCUUCACAUACCCGGGAUAUACUUAACAGUGUAAAACGGAUUUACUCAAACUCGUUCAUGGAUCUGAUUCGACAAGAAGCAAUUAACUUAUUCUUAGGAAAUUAUAUCUAUGAUCCAAAUAAGCCUAAACUUUGGGAGUUGCAAAAUGACUUUUAUCUACACAAUGCAAUGUCGAUUGAAAACAUAAGAAUAAAACCAAGCUACAUCUUAUGGUUUAACGAAAACUUUUUAAGCAAAUCAAGAUUUGAGUUGCUGGACAACAAACAAAUUCAGCGUCACGAUAAGUUGAAGAGGUCUGAGCCACUUCCAGAUUAUAAUGACAACUGGUUUAAUGAAUGCUAUGUACCACGGAAAUUUCAAUCACUUAAUGAAGUGUUUCAAUUUAAUAUGAACUCCAAUGCUAGGUACUUUCCAUCGAAUAUCAAUAGUGACCCAUACAAAAUUUUUGAUUAUAGCCCUUUUGAGUCACGGAAAAUUAAAUCAGAUGACUUGCUAUCUCUAGUCAAGACAAACACACACCAUGAAACUAAAUCCAAUGACGUGGGUAAUAUUGCGGAACGAGCAAAAAAUCAGACGCAGAACAAUUAUUUGAAUGAACCCGUUGAUAGUAAAUAUAAUUCAAUAUGGAAUAAGUCUAACGAAAACUCAUUUGAGCUGCAAAUAACAGGUUCCAACUCCAAUAUGAUUCAGACCUUUCUUUCAAACAAGAUGGAUAAAUUGGUCAAUGCAUACAAUUCUCGAAUUCAAGGAAUAGAUUAUGACAAUUUGUUUCAAGCUCACAUUGUUCAACCGAGAGUAAGAGAAGACGAUGAAAAACUCUAUUCUUGCCAAUCUGAUUUACCUAGGUUAGUCUCCUCCAGACUGUUGGAUUCUUUUAAGAAUGAUUUAACUACAAUAAAGACAAGAACAGAAGAUACCGAAAUCUAUAAAUAUUAUACUUCAAUAUCGAUGCAAACUACGCUAUCCUUUUUCAAAGAGCCGGUCAUUCCUGGUCAAACAAACCAUAACAACCAACAAGAUAUCAAGUUGUAUGCCAAAUACUUAGGAAUUGAUGAGGAGCGGGACUUCGAUUUCAAUACUGAAGACGAGUAUUUCAAGUGA